CUUGUGAUCAGGACCAACUAACCCACGUUGGGGAAUCGCGCCUUCUCUCUUUGUGUCCUGGGUAGGAAGGAGCUUCUACUAAGCCGAGUCCGCUUCGGGGGCCAGGAUUCUGCUGCGGUGGGCUAGAGGGAGCUUGGGCCGAGGGGCGUUGUUCUGGGCGAGGAUGCCGAAACGAGGGAAGAAGGAAGUUUCUGUGAAGGAUGGGAUCAGUGAUGAGGAGUCAGAGGCUAAAGAACCCCAGCCAAAGAAAACCAAGAAAGGUGCAAAAGACAAGGAGGCAACAGGGGAAGGAUCUGCUGUGUAUGAAGAUCCCCCAGACCAGCAGACCUCACCUAAUGGCAAACCUUCUACACUCAAGAUAUGCUCUUGGAAUGUGGAUGGGCUCCGGGCCUGGAUCAAGAAAAAGGGUCUGGAUUGGGUAAAGGAAGAAGCCCCAGAUAUCCUUUGCCUCCAAGAAACCAAAUGUUCAGAGAGCAAGCUGCCAUCCGAACUUCAGGAUCUGCCUGGACUUACUUACCAGUACUGGUCCUCACCCACAGAUAAAGAAGGAUAUAGUGGUGUUGGUCUCCUUUCUCGACAGUGCCCACUCAACGUCACUUUUGGCAUUGGUGAAGAAGAGCAUGAUCAGGAGGGCCGGGUGAUAGUGGCUGAGUUUGAGGCUUUUGUGCUGGUGACAGCAUACGUGCCUAAUGCAGGACGGGGGCUGGUUCGACUAGAAUACCGACAAAGGUGGGAUGAAGCAUUUCGAAAGUUUUUGAAGGGGCUAAAUGCCAAAAAGCCACUUGUGCUCUGUGGGGACCUCAAUGUGGCCCAUGAAGAGAUUGACUUGCGUAAUCCCAAAGGGAACAAGAAAAAUGCUGGUUUUACCCCACAGGAACGCCAAGGUUUUGGGGAACUGCUCCAAGCAGUGCCACUGACUGACAGCUUCCGCCAUCUCUAUCCAGAGGCAGCUUAUGCUUAUACUUUUUGGACUUACAUGAUGAAUGCCCGAGCCAAGAAUGUUGGCUGGCGGCUUGACUAUUUCUUGUUAUCCCAGUCUUUGCUCCCUGCCUUAUGUGACAGUAAGAUCCGGUCCAAAGCCCUGGGUAGUGACCAUUGUCCUAUCACCCUCUUACUGGCCUUGUAAUUAUACAAUUUAAACUGCUUCUUCAGCAACCAGAAAUCCAGGACUGUUUAAUUUUGAGAAUGCUGUUGUUGAUUACUUUUGAAAUAAUCUGUUAGAGAAUAAAGAGCCAUAGAGGUCCA